CCGGCAGCCGUGUCAGCGCUGACAUUUAUCGUCUCCUCCCUGCAUCUCGGCACUCUCCUCCUCCAACUUUUGCCAGGGGGGUUGAAAUCCACAUCCUCCCCAUGGCUCCAUGUGUGAUCAUGCAUCUCUCAUGUUUCACACCAACAUUUCCUGCUCUGUUCGAUCUGGCCGCCUUCACCUGAGUCUUCCCCGUUCUUGUAACCCACGGUGCUUCCAUAUCCAGCCAUGUCUUGGCGAAUACGUCUCCCUUCCCCUUCUCAGCAUGGUUGUGUCAUCUCCAAUUUGUUGGGUAGAAAAAUUCACUGCCAGCUGUUCCACGGGGAAUGGUUCCGAUUUCUUACCUGUCCCACCUGGCAUGUCCUGGCCCACAUGUCUGACAGUCCAAGCAUGCUCAAUCAGUGCUGCUUAAAACCCCUUUCUCCUCCUUUGGUUAUGACCCAGCAGAGGGUAAUGGAAGUCUUAUCAGCCCCUGCCGCUACCAUCCCUGGGAUUCACAUUUCCUUGACUCCAUAUCUAGUGACUGGUGCAUGUUCGACGGAAUCUGGGUACUUCUAUCUUCGCAUCCCUAGAAGCUUCUGCCCAUGUUCCUUCCUACAGUCUUCAUCUCCACAGGCUCUGGCUUGGCUGUGUUUGCUUGGAGACCUGCUCCCAAGCUUGCUCUGCUGUUCACAGAAGUUGUCGUUUCCUCCUCCCAACAUCCCUCUGCAUACCUGAUGCCCAUCAUGGUGAUAAAAAGAGGAUAUCGUGGUCCCACCCCUGACUUAAUUGGCCGCAUUGCACGAGGACAGGAGGAGCUUUGGGUCUGUGAUGAUGAGGACCAUGGGGACAUCUCAAGGACAGAGGACCUGCUGCCAGGAGGCACCUGGUCGCUAAGCAGAGCUCAGGAGCAAAGUCCUGAAAAAGGGCCUGCAAACCUGGAGCUACCUUGGACUUACCCAGGGAGUUUGGUCAAGAUGGAGUCCUUGAGACCUGAGGAAGACCAAUGGCUCAAGAGCCAGGGGAGGCUCCAAAAGCAGAAGAAGAAUAUAGUAGUGAAGCGGGGCCUAUCUUCUCUUGGGCGUGAGAGUGGAGAAAGGACUGAUGCCAAAGAGAGCCCCAGGCGCAUGGAAGGAUUUGUGGAGCUGAAGAGCCAUGAGGCCAAGUUCCACUGGAAAAAGGCCGUAUGUCCAAAUCAAGCCAGUGGGGAGGGCCUGAGAGGGAAGCAGGAAGUGCCUGCCAAUCCCAGGACUACAGCCCACCCCUACCCUCAGUACCAGAAAAGUUUUAGUUGCCCCUCACUCCAGGCCCUGCCACAUUGGUGCCCUGAGGGUGGGGAGGACUUCACCCACUCCUCCAGCCUGGCCAUGAACCAGUGCAUCCACAAAGUGAAGAAACUAGAGUGCAGGAAGAGCUUCACCCAGUCCUACUGUCUGGCCACGCACCAACGUAUGCACACAGGGGAGAAGCCACAUCAGUGCCCUGAGUGCGGGAAGAGCUUCACUCUUUUGUCCAGCUUGACCCGGCACCAGUAUAUCCACACAGGGGAGAAGCCACAUCAGUGCUCUGUGUGUGGGAAGAGCUUCACCCGUUCCUCCCAUCUGGCCCAGCACCAACGCAUACACGCAGGGGAGAAGCCACAUCAGUGCUCUGUGUGUGGGAAGAGCUUCAUCCGGUCCUCCCACUUGGCCCAGCAUCAACGCAUACACGCAGGGGAGAAGCCACAUCAGUGCUCUGUGUGUGGGAAGAGCUUCACCUGUUCCUCCCACCUGGCCCGACACCAACGGAUCCACACAGGGGAGAAGCCACAUCAGUGCUCUGUGUGUGGGAAGAGCUUCAUCCGUUCCUCCCACCUGGCCCAGCACCAACGCAUCCACACAGGGGAGAAGCCACAUCAGUGCUCUGUGUGUGGGAAGAGCUUCAUCCAGUCUUCCCAACUGGCCCGGCAUCAACGUGUCCACACAGGGGAAAAGCCACAUCAGUGCUCUGUGUGUGGGAAGAGCUUCACCUGUUCCUCCCACCUGGCCCCACACCAACGCAUCCACACGGGGGAGAAACCACAUCAGUGCUCUGUGUGUGGGAAGACCUUCACCCGUUCCUUCAAUCUGGCCAUCCACCAGCGUAUCCACACAGGGGAGAAGCCACAUAAGUGCUCUGUGUGUGGGAAGACCUUCACCCGUUCCUUCAAUCUGGCCAUCCACCAGCGUAUCCACACAGGGGAGAAGCCACAUCAGUGCUCCGUGUGUGAGAAGAGCUUCACCCAUUCCUCCACUUUGGCACGACACAAACAUGUCCACACAGAGGAAAAGCCACGUCUGUGUUCUGUGUGUGGGAGGAGCUUCACUCAUUCCUUCAAUCUGGCACAACACCAGUGCAUCUAUAUGGGGGAAAAGCCAUAUUAGUGCUCUGAGUGUGGGAAGAGCUUCCCCCCUUCCUUUGUUUUGGUGCGACACCAGUGCAUGCAUACAGGGAAGAAUCUACAUCAGUGCUCUGUGUGUGGGAAGAGCUUUACCAGUUCCUCCUACCUGGCCCAACACCAGCGUAUCCACACA